UCAGCAGCGAGGGAGAGGAGAGAGGGAGCAGAGGACCACGGCGGUUGGGAAGUGAUGAUCCGCCGUGGGUCCAACGGAAAGCCGCUGCGCUCUGCCUCUCCUCCUCCUGCACGUUAUUCUCCAGCCUCACAUCUUUUCUGCUUCACUCAUCCUCUUCCUCACAUGGUCUUGGGGAGCAUUUAUCUUUGCGUCUCUCAUUAUCGGAGCAGUGGGGCUGGCUGAGAAUCAAACAGCAGCAGAUGUUCCUGUAGGAAAGCCCGACAGGUGAAACUGAGGAGAAGAAACACCUGUUGGGAGUUUGAUGAUUCUUCUACCUGGGAGUCCACCAGAUAAAGAGGAGAACUCAAAGCCACCCAUGCUGAGAUCUUAAGGGCUCACAGCAGCAAAGAGAAGAAGAUGAACUCCACAGCUCGUCAUGGAUUGAUCCCAGGCUACGCUAACAGGAGCUUCACCCAGAGCACUUCACCGCUGGACAAAGACUUUUCUGGAGAGGAGAAGGACUCGUCUGCAGGAUGCUACGAGCAGCUUCUGAUCUCCACGGAGGUGUUCCUAACUCUGGGCAUUGUCAGCCUUCUGGAGAACAUUCUGGUUGUUGCUGCCAUCAUCAAAAACAAGAACCUUCACUCCCCGAUGUACUUCUUCAUCUGCAGCCUAGCGGUGGCUGACAUGCUGGUCAGCGUUUCCAACGCCUCCGAGACCAUUGUGAUAGCUUUGAUCAACGGAGGCAGCCUCACCAUCUCCGUCACUCUGAUCAGAAGCAUGGACAACAUCUUCGACUCUUUGAUCUGCAGCUCUCUGCUGGCCUCCAUCUGCAGCUUGCUGGCCAUCGCCGUUGACCGAUACAUCACCAUCUUCUACGCCCUGCGCUACCACAACAUAGUGACGCUGCGGCGGGCCAUGCUGGUCAUCAGCACCAUCUGGACGUGCUGCACCAUCUCUGGCAUCCUGUUCAUCGUCUACUCCGAAAGCACCACCGUCCUCAUCUGCCUCAUCACCAUGUUCUUCACCAUGCUGGUCCUCAUGGCGUCGCUCUACGUGCACAUGUUCCUGCUGGCGCGCCUGCACAUGAAGCGUAUCGCCGCGCUGCCGGGCAACGCUCCCAUCCAUCAGCGGGCCAACAUGAAGGGGGCCAUCACCCUCACCAUCCUCCUCGGGGUGUUCGUGGUGUGCUGGGCGCCCUUCUUCCUCCACCUCAUCCUCAUGAUCAGCUGCCCCAGGAACCCCUACUGCACCUGCUUCAUGUCCCACUUCAACAUGUACCUCAUCCUCAUCAUGUGCAACUCCGUCAUCGACCCCAUCAUCUAUGCCUUUCGCAGCCAGGAGAUGAGGAAAACCUUCAAGGAGAUCUUCUGCUGCUCACACUCUCUCUUGUGUCUGAGCCUGGUGUAAAGGUCUGAACCUGGCGUGGGGAACCCUGGUCCUCGAGGGCUGCUAUCCUGCACGUCUUUGCUCCAACGCUUCUGAUUCAGUGGUUGAUUUGCCUUUUCAGCAGCUCAUCAGGCUCUGCAGAAGCCUGUUAAUCACCUGCUGAUUGAAAUCAGGUGUGCCGAAGCAGAGUUGAAACUAAAAUAUGCUGGACAGUGGCCCUCGAUGGAGCAGGGUUCCCCACCCCUGGUCUAAACAAAUGGACUUCAUCUGUAAAUGCCUGGAAGCUUAAAUGUUCACGAGUCAGGUAGGUGUCACCCCAGAGCACCGUUCUGUAAGCAGCCACGGCAGAAGGAGCCCACUCGUUCUGAACAAGCGUGUAAAUCUACGAGGAUUAGGAGUUUAACAUGUCAUUUCUGCUGCUGCAGAGCUGGGAUGCCUCGGCGUUUUAGCGUGUCAGCAAUCCUCCUGACACGUCCAACCCAGAGGGCGUCCAUCCUCUUCGAUUUCUGUACAAAUAUCUCAAACAUGUGUACAUCAGCGUGUUCAGAUACACCUGGAAACCUCUUACAGGUGGAUGCUAGAGGGACUGUUACCUGACUGGGGGGUCCAAAUGUCAUAUUUGUGAACUUUUAUUUACUUUAAGGCAGAUUUGAGCCCUUAAAUCAAACGGAUGUGUAGAUAAAAGAGCACAAGCAACAAACACCAGGGUCUAAAAGGCCCUUUCACAGGUUCGUGUACUGGAUGCAUGACAAUGAAAAGAUGAAUCUGUCAGGCUGGAUAAGUUGAGAUUCAAAACCAGGUUUUCCUUUAUUGAAUCAUUUCUUUUAGUUUUCGAGCAGAUCUUCAGCUGCUGAGUCAGUUUGCAGCAGGUUGAGAAACAAAAUGACUUUUUCUGUGAUUCUUGUCUAAAGGUGCCCGCUCACGGAGGCAAACAUCCGUCACAGCUGCCUGCUUCGUAUCAGAGCUCUUGUGAGUGUGUUUGUUAACAUUUGUGUGAAUUUGCACACGUGGGUUGUUCCGACGCUCACUUUAAGCCCAUAAAUGCGGCUACGAAUAAAUAUUUUCAUCAUAUUUGUGAAACGGGACUGACACCGAUGAAUGUAUCCUUCCUGUCUGAGUUGUGUUGCCUUAUUUCUGCUGCACCGUGACAUAAAACGACGGCCGUCUCCGUGACUAAAUCUGUGGGCAGUAUGAUGUUUUCAGUGUUGCCUUAUUUAUUUCACUUGAACUGCGUUUGUUCUGUGAAUGCACAGAAACGGGAGUCCGAUCUGUUUGCUGCUUCGUCUGAUCGUGUGACGCGUGAGUCCAGCUGUGAAGAUGUUUUAUUUUUUCAUCAGUAAAAACUGUGAAUCGCUGCUGCUAUGAAUAAAUCUGAAUGCAAUCUGA